AUGCUAGCCAAAUUACAAAACGCAGAAAGGCUUUCUUUUGGGGGUUCCCUUUUUCAGAUUCUGUCUCUCGCUGAGCUCCGUGGUGUUUCUUUCCCAACGUUCAAGGUCCAAACAUUGACGCUUAAAACCAGGUUUGCAAAAUCUUUUGUUCCUGGUAUAACAAGGUUACUACAUAACUCACCUGGAUUAAAGAAGCUAAUAGUAGAUUGGUAUCUGGACAACUAUUUGAAUUCGCAAGGCUUGAAUCCAGAUCAAUGUUGGAGAUCAAAAUAUGAUGUGUUUCCUACCUCAGAUGAGUCUGAUAUGAUUGGACCUGAAUCAAAGGCGGCAGCACAACUUGUCAGAGUCGAUGGGAUAGUUGACGUAAUUCUCCGACAUUUGAAAAAAUCGGAUGAAGAAAUUGCCAUGGAAAUUGCUUGGAUCAUUGUGUACCUUUCUGCCCUCUCAGAUAUCGCUACACGUAUGCUUUUGAAGGGAGGCAUUCUUCAACUACUAGUCGAAAGAUUAGCAACUUCAGAUAGCCUGCAACUUCUCAUCCCGGUUCUACGAAGUUUAGGCAACUUUGUUUCUGUGGAUCCGAAAGCAAUGUUAACCAUCCUUAUCGGUGGAAAGAACACUGAAGAAAGUGUCAUUGGUGUGCUUGCAAAGUGCUUAAGGAGCGAUCACCGUGUCUUAAAGAAGGAAGCUGCGUGGGUGUUAUCUAAUAUAGCUGCGGGAUCUAUUGAACACAAGAGAAUGAUACAUUCUACUGAAGCAAUGCCCUUGUUGAUAGAGCUUCUUUCUACAUCACCUUUUGAUAUAAGGAAAGAAGUUGCGUACGUCUUAGGAAAUCUCUGUGUAGAAUCUGCAGAAGGAGACACAAAACCAAGGAUAAUUCAAGAGCACUUGGUCUCCAUUGUCAGUGGCGGUUGCCUCCCGGGUUUUAUUAACCUGGUCAGAUCUCCUGAUAUCGAAGCUGCUAGGCUUGGUCUUCAGUUCAUUGAGCUGGUAUUAAGAGGAAUGCCAAACGGAGAAGGUUCAAAGAUUGUGGAAGGAGAAGACGGUAUAGAUGCAAUGCAAAGGUUCCAGUUCCAUGAAAACGAAGAGCUGAGAGUGAUGGCAAACAGUCUUGUGGAUAAAUACUUUGGUGAAGAUUAUGGAAUCAAUGAAUGAAAUCUCCUCGGAGUUUAGGGUAAUCCCUGUGAGAAUAGAAA